AUGGAUGUGAGAUAUUGGUCUCUGCAGUAUAUUGCUUUUGCUCUCUAUUUCUCCUGGUGUGCAAUGUACAGUGGUAGAGCAGAAAAACAGUUCGUUAAUGAAUGGGCAGCGGAGAUUCCUGGGGGUCUAAAUUCAGCCAGAGAGAUAGCAGAGGAGCUGGGUUACGACCUUCUUGGACAGAUUGGAUCACUUGAAAAUCACUAUUUAUUCAGGCAUAAAAGUCAACCAAGAAGGUCUCGAAGAAGUGCCAUUCACAUCACGAAGAGAUUAUCUGAUGAUGAUCGAGUAACGUGGGCUGAGCAACAGUAUGGAAAAGAGAGAAACAAACGUUCUAUCCUAAGAGAUUCAGCAGAGGACCUCUUCAAUGACCCAAUGUGGAAUCAGCAGUGGUAUUUGCAAGAUACCAGGAUGACCCCAGUUUUGCCCAAGCUGGACCUUCAUGUGAUACCGGUUUGGCAAAAAGGAAUAACAGGAAAAGGGGUGGUUAUCACCGUUCUGGAUGAUGGCCUGGAGUGGAAUCACACUGACAUCUACGCAAACUAUGACCCAGAGGCCAGUUAUGACUUUAAUGACAAUGACCAUGAUCCAUUUCCCAGAUAUGAUCCCACAAAUGAAAACAAGCACGGAACCAGGUGUGCUGGAGAAAUUGCCAUGCAAGCCAAUAAUCAGAAAUGUGGUGUUGGGGUUGCCUACAAUUCCAGAGUUGGAGGCAUUAGAAUGUUGGAUGGCAUUGUGACUGAUGCUAUUGAAGCCAGUUCAAUUGGAUUCAAUCCCAACCAUGUGGAUAUUUACAGUGCAAGCUGGGGCCCAAAUGAUGAUGGAAAAACAGUGGAAGGCCCUGGCAGGUUAGCCCAGAAGGCUUUUGAAUAUGGCAUCAAACAGGGAAGACAGGGAAAAGGCUCCAUUUUCGUCUGGGCAUCCGGGAAUGGUGGGCGUCAAGGGGAUGACUGUGACUGUGAUGGUUACACAGACAGUAUCUACACCAUUUCCAUCAGUAGCGCCUCACAGCAAGGCCUGUCUCCCUGGUAUGCUGAAAAAUGCUCAUCCACACUGGCCACUGCCUACAGCAGUGGGGACUACACUGACCAGAGAAUAACAAGUGCCGAUCUGCAUGAUGAUUGCACUGAGACCCACACCGGCACGUCAGCCUCUGCCCCUCUGGCUGCUGGGAUCUUCGCUCUUGCGCUGGAAGCAAACCCUCAUCUUACCUGGAGAGAUAUGCAACAUUUGGUCGUGUGGACCUCUGAAUACGACCCUCUGGCCAUCAAUCCUGGUUGGAAGAAGAAUGGGGCAGGAUUGAUGGUGAAUAGUCGAUUUGGAUUUGGGUUACUUAAUGCUAAGGCUCUGGUGGAUUUAGCUGAUCCUAAAACUUGGAGAGGUGUCCCUGAGAAGAAGGAGUGCAUUGUAAAAGACAACAACUUUGAGCCCAAGUCAUUGAAAGCUGAUGGAGUAGUUACUAUUGAAAUCCCCACAAAAGCCUGUGAAGGACAAGAAAAUUCCAUCAAGUCUUUGGAACAUGUGCAAUUUGAAGCAACAAUCGAAUACUCACGGAGAGGAGACCUUCAUGUCACACUCACCUCUGCCGCUGGAACCAGUACUGUGCUAUUGGCUGAAAGAGAGAGAGAUACAUCACCCAAUGGUUUUAAGAACUGGGACUUCAUGUCUGUUCACACGUGGGGAGAGGAUCCAGUAGGCACCUGGGCUUUACGAAUUACUGAUAUGUCUGGAAGAAUGGAAAAUGAAGGAAGAAUUGUGAACUGGAAACUGAUUUUGCAUGGGACUUCCACCCAGCCAGAACACAUGAAACAGCCUCGUGUCUAUACUUCUUAUAAUGCUGUGCAGAAUGACAGGAGAGGAGUGGAGAAGAUGGCCGAUUCUGUGGAGGACCAGGCCACCCCAGAGAGCCUUCACGAAAGCCCCCAGCCCUCUAAAAGCUCCACUCCCCCAAGCGACAGCAGCAGUGACAAGUCGAUGGAGAAAACACCUUCCAGGGCCAUGCUCCAACUCCUCCAAAGUGCUUUCAGCAAACAGGGAGCCCCCAAUCAAGCAGCAAAGAGUCAGGCGGAUGAAAAGCUGAAGAUCCCCUAUGAACAUUUCUAUCAAGCUCUGGAAAAGUUAAACAAACCGUCCCAGUUGAAAAACGCCGAGAACAGCCUGUAUAGUGACUAUGUGGACCUUUUCUACAAUACGAAGCCGUACAAGCACAGGGAUGAUCGGCUGCUCCAGGCUCUGGUCGACAUUCUGAAGGAAGGCAACUGA